CGCGGCAUUUACCCGCCCCCGCAACUUCCGAUAUUUCACUGAGCUGCGGUCACUGAGAUCAUAAACAUCAGCUACUCGACGUCUCUGUCUUUUCAUGUCUGUUCCGUUCGGCCUGCGCAUUAUCUCAGAUCUGUCGCCUUUCAACAGCUCAACAGCUCAGGGGUAACAACACGUUGUUCAUAUAAUGAAAUGCAAUCUAUGUGAUGCCCAGUUCGUUCGCCUGCAGCAUCUACAGCGCCACAUUUUAUCUCAUGAAAAUGUCCGACCUUUUGAAUGUCAAUUUUGUCAACGAUCCUUCAAACGUCGUGAUGUACUUCAAAGACACUUCCAAACGUGUAAAUCACGACUAA